AAGAAAGUCGCCGGAAGUCUACGGCAGAGCCGCUAGCACAAGGAGAGCUUACGCUUCUUUUACCUCUGCACGAUGGGUAUCUCGCGGGAUCACUGGCAUAAGAGGAGAGCCACUGGAGGCAAGAGGAAGCCUCUGCGUAAGAAGAGGAAGUUUGAGUUAGGACGUCCAGCUGCCAAUACCAAGCUUGGACCUCAGCGUAUUCACACUGUCCGUACACGAGGAGGAAACAAAAAAUACAGAGCACUCCGUCUGGAUACAGGCAAUUUCUCAUGGGGGUCUGAGUGCUCCACUCGUAAAACUCGUAUCAUUGAUGUCGUCUACAAUGCAUCAAACAACGAGCUUGUGCGAACAAAAACCUUGGUGAAGAAUGCAAUUGUCACCAUCGAUGCCACCCCUUUCCGACAGUGGUACGAGAGCCACUAUAUCCUUCCCCUUGGCCGCAAGCGUGGUGCCAAGCUGACUGAAGCCGAGGAGGAAAUUCUUAACAAGAAGAGGUCAAAGAAGACCGAAGCCAAGUACAAGGCUAGACAACGAUUCGCCAAGGUUGAGCCCGCCCUUGAAGAGCAAUUUGCUACCGGACGAGUUCUUGCUUGCGUGGCCAGCAGGCCUGGACAGUGUGGCAGAGCUGAUGGCUACAUUCUUGAAGGCAAAGAACUCGAGUUCUACAUGAGAAAGAUUAAGAGCAAGAAGGCUAAGUAAGCUUGUAAGCAACAGCAAGUGAAUAAAAAUAAGCUGUAAAAAACAACUGGAA